UCUCUCUCUCUCCCUCUCGCUCCCUCGCUCAUCGGAGAACUGGAACUCUUCUCUCUCUGCUUGAUCGUACGAUUCGAGAAUUGUCUCUGACUUUCAGCGUGGUUGAUAGGAUGAGGUAAGCAAUUCUUGACGAAGCUUCCUGGCGACGACUUGAAGAAGAAGUAAAAGAGAAUAUAAGACUUUGAGCUGGAGAUGGAUAUUGCUCCAUCUUAACUCACACCUGGUAGGGAAGUUUGGAAAUUGAAGUGAUGACAAAGCACCGCUUGAGGGAAUCCAUUAAGUCCUUGUUUGGAAGUCACAUCAAUUCAGAGAAGCAUGAAGAGCUGAAAGGAACUAAAAUAGGUAUUGAUGACAAGGUGAAUAAAAUAUUGAAGCUUCUAAAAGAUGAAGAUCUUGAAGAAAAAGAUGCCAUCUCAGUAGAGAACUCCAAAAAGGAACCUCUUGUUGAGCUAAUUGAGGAUUUCCACAAAGAGUACCAAUCACUCUAUGCACAAUAUGAUCAUCUAACUGGAGUGCUAAAGAAAAAAGUUAAUGGCAAACAAGAAAAGGACAGCUCAUCUUCAUCAAGCUCAGACUCAGAUUCAGAGUAUUCUUCAAAUGACAAAAGCGGUAAAAAUGGACUGUUGGAAAGUGACUUUCAGAAAACUGAUGGGAUCAAACAUGAACUCGAAUCAGCACAUCUAGAAGUUGCUGACCUGAAGAGGAAAUUGACAGCUACAAGUGAGGAGAAGGAAGCUUUAAACUUAGAAUAUGAGGCGGCUUUGACCAAGAUAGAAGAAACAGAAAAAAUUGCCAGAGACUUGAAGACUGAAGCUGAAAGGUUAGAUGUUGAAAAAUCUCAACUUUUGGCUGGGAAUAAUGAACUAAAUAAAAAACUGGAAGCUGGUGGAAAGAUAGAAGCUGAACUGAAUCAAAGAGUAGAAAAUGUGGAAAGAGAGAGAGAUAACUUGAUUCAGGAGAAAGAGACUGCUCUGAGAAGGAUAGAGGAUGGAGAAAAUAUUACAGCAGAGUUAAGAACCAUGGUUGAUCAGCUGAAAGAUGAAAAAGUAACCCUUGAGCAAGAACUAGAAUCCGUUCAAGGGGAAGUCUCCAAUUUGAAGCAGCAGCUGGAAUCUGCAGAACAGCAGGUGUCAGAUGUGAGCAAAGCUAAGGAGGAAGAGACCUUGAAAAUUUUGGAAAUGUCAAAUGAAAUUCAACAGGCACAGAACAUGAUACAAGAACUCACGGUUGAAUCUAGUCAACUAAAGGAGAAAUUGGGUCAGAAAGAAAACGAAUAUUCAACUCUGUCUGAGAGGCAUGAGCUGCAUGAGAACAAAACCUCGGCUCAAAUAAAGGGAUUACAGGCUACAGUGACAGGGCUGGAACUGGAACUAGAAUCUUUGCGAGGUCAGAAAAGAGACAUGGAAGUGAAGAUUGAGAGCAAAGAAACUGAAGUUAAACAACUGGAAGAGGAAAACGCAGGACUACAAGUCAGAAUUUCAGAACUUGAAUCAGUAUCAAAUGAGAGAGCAGCUGAACUGUCUGCUCUCACAAAAGAACUUGAGGAUAACAAUAGCGAAUCUAUUCAGCUAAAGGAGAAGUUGGGUCAGACGGAAAAGGAGUAUUCAACUCUGUCUGAGAUGCAUGAGCUGUAUGAGAAUAAGACAUUGGCUCAAAUAAACGGAUUGGAGGCCCAAGUGACAGGGCUGGAACUGGAGUUGGAAUCUUUGCGAGGUCAGAAAAGAGGUAUAGAAGUGAAGCUUGAGAACAAAGAAACUCAAGUAAAACAACUAGAAGAAGAGAAUGCAGGAUUACAAGCCCAAAUUUCAAAACUUGAAUCGACAUUAGAAGGGAGAGAAGCUGAACUUUCUGCUCUCACAAAGAAACUUGAGGACAGCAAUACUGAAUGUAGUCGGCUAAACGAGCAACUGGGUCUCAAGGAAAAGGAAUAUUCAACACUGUCUGAGAGGCAUGAGCUGCAUGAGAACGAAACCUCGGCUCAAAUAAAGGCAUUACAGGCUACAGUUUUGGGGCUGGAACUGGAACUAGAAUCUUUGCGAGGUCAGAAAAGAGACAUGGAAGUGAAGAUUGAGAGCAAAGAAACUGAAGUUAAACAACUGGAAGAGGAAAACACAGGACUACAAAUCCGAAUUUCAGAACUUGAAUCAGUAUCAAAUGAGAGAGCAGCUGAACUGUCUGCUCUAACAAAAGAACUUGAGGAUAAGAAUAGUGAAUCUAUUCAGCUGAAGGAGAAACUUGAGAACAAAGAAACUCAAGUACAACAACUAGAAGAAGAGAAUGCAAGAUUACAAGCCCAAAUUUCAAAACUUGAAUCGAUAUUAGAAGAGAGAGAAGCUGAACUUUCUGUUCUCACAAAGAAACUUGAGGACAGCAAUACUGAAUAUAGUCGGCUAAAUGAGCAACUGGGUCUCAAGGAAAAGGAAUAUUUAACUCUGUCUGAGAUGCACAAACUGCAUGAGAAUGAAACAUUGGCUCAAAUAAAGGGAUUAGAGGAGAAAGUUUCGGGGCUGGAACUGGAGCUGGAAUCUUUGCGACAUCAGAAAAGUGAUUUGGAAGUAGAGAUUGAGAGCAAAGAAACUGAAGCAAAACAACUGGGAGAGGAGAAUGCAGGACUACAUGCCCGAGUUUCAGAGCUUGAAUUGAUAUCAGAAGACAGAGAAGCUGAACUUUCUGCUCUCACAAAGAAACUUGAGGACAGCAAUAAUGAAUCAUCAUCUAGAAUAGCAGAUUUGGCAGCACAGAUCAGUAAUCUGCUAGCUGACAUAGAUUCUUUGCGUGCCCAGAAAGUUGAAUUGGAGAAACAGAUAGUAUGUAAAGGUGAUGAAGCAUCAACUCAGGUCAAGGGCUUAAUGGAACAACUAAAUGUAUUGCAGCAAGAAUUGGAGUCCCUACUCAGCCAGAAAACUGAAUUGCAAGUGCAGAUUGAGAAUAAAACUCAAGAAACUUCAGAGUACUUGAUACAGAUACAAAAUCUGAAAGAGGAGAUAACAAACAAGAUAACGGAUCAUCAGAGGAUUGUGGAAGAGAAAGAGAGUUUGACGGCAGAAAAGAGAGACAUUGAGAUAAAGGUGGACUCGAUACACAACCACAAAAGUGAACUUGAAGAGGAGAUAAGAACUAAAGUCCUUGAGAACGAUCAGUUGAGAGCAGAAAUUGUGGAGCUAAAGGAUCAAAUUUCUGAAUUUGAGAAGAAAUUAACGCAAAUGGAGGUCGAGUUCUCCUCUCUCCGGGAGAAACAUGAAAGUUCUGUGAACGAUGCAUCUGCUCAAAUAGAAGCCUUUGUGUCACAGGUUAACAGUCUACAACAGGAUUUGGAUUCAUUCCAGACCCAGAAGAAGCAGAUAGAGUUGCAAUUUGAGAAGGAGAAACAAGAACAUUCAGAGAGCCUGACGCUAUUGGAAAAUGAAAAAGCGGAGUUAACGAGCAAGAUCACCGAUCAUCAGAGACUGCUGAAUGAACGGGAGGAUUCAUACAAGAAGUUAAAUGAGGAAUAUAAACAGCUUGAAAGUCAGUUUCAGGACAGCAAGGUCAAUCGAGACUCUGCAGAAAGGAAAAUUGAGCAAAUGGUGCUAGAAUUCAGUACAAAAGUUGAAUCGAAAGAUCAGAUAAUAGCUGAUUUGGAACAAGCAACUGAAGACCUGAAAAGAGAUCUUGAAGAAAAAGGGGACGAGCUUAGUUCUUUGGUUGAUAAUUCCCGGAAUACUGAAGUUAAGCUGCGGUUGUCAAACCAGAAGCUCCGUGUUACAGAGCAGUUAUUGGCUGAGAAGGAAGAGAGCUUCAGACGCGCAGAACAAAAGUUCCAGGAAGAACAAAGAGCACUUGAAGACAGAAUUGCUACAUUGUCUGGUACAAUUUCUGCAAACAAUGAAGCCUAUCAAAGAAACAUCACGCAUAUCUCAGAAAAUGUGAACAGUUCUUUGACUGUAUUGGAAUCUGUGAUCAAGAAAUUUUUGGAUGACUAUGCAAAGUAUGAGAAGUGUAUUCUAGGAACAACAAGGGAGCUUCAAACUGCAAAGAACUGGGUUGCGGAAACAAAUGGUGAAAGAGUGAAGUUGAAGGAGGAGGUAGGGGACCUAAUCGAACAACUGCGUGGUAAGAAAGAAGAAGCAUUGGUGUUCAGAGAGCAGGUUGAGAAGUUGAGGGCAACUGCAAGCGGGGAGGAAGUGGAGAAGGGGGGUCUGAUCAAAGCUGUGAAACAACUUGAGAGGACGGUAGAGGACUUGGAGAAGACGGUGGGAGAGAAAAAUGAGGGCUUACUAGGAUUGGCGGAGGAGAAGAGGGAAGCCAUAAGGCAGCUGUGCAUAUGGAUCGAGUAUCACCGAAGCCGGUAUGAUGAUCUCAAGGAAGUGCUCUCAAAGAUGACUGCUGCAAGAGGCCAGAGGAGGGCUUAGUUUCCUCGUCCUUGGGGAUAAUUAUCUUUUUUUUCCCUUUCCAUUGCAGUAUGACCAUUUUAGUCUGUUGCAUCGUGUAAUUUUUUUUUUCUUGAUUGAUUCUUUUUUUUUUUUGGAAGGCUAGUGUUGAUCAAACAUUUUAGGUAGAGCUUGAGCGUAUCAGUAAGUAUGCGCAUGAAUUUGGUUGUAAAUUUUGCUGCUGCUUUUUUCUCGUCCAUUAAUGCAGAUGUAUAAAAUGCAGAUGGCUCCCUUUUUUUAUUCGAACA